GAAGCAACUAGGGAAAUGCGGUCUUUUUCUCGCAAACACGCACAAAAACACAAAUCGGGUAUUGUCGGCCAGAACGAUCAAACUGAAGCACAAAUCCAAAUCUGACACAGUCUCGCAAAGCAAACUUCUAACUUUGGGCCCGAAUGUACCACCAAUUUUUUUACAUCUCCGUCUCCCACCCACACGACUAGUAUUCGAUUUCCAUUUCCGUUUCCCCACAUUUAUUCGUCUUCGUGUACGAAAACGAAACAGCAUAAAAUAUAAUAAACAUUCAAGUAGGUGGAAAUAAAGCUGUAUCAUCUCGUCUAUUCGAGACAAGACCCUGAGCGACCACAAACGGCAACCUUUGGUUUCUUUGUAGGUUUGUUCACAACUUCUAGAACUACGGUUAUAUUAACAGUGAACGAUGAAGAAGGCUACCUCCUACGCCCCCGGAGCCGGAGCGGCGUCGUCCUCCUCUUCCUCCUCCGCUUCAACAUCUGGAGGUGCGAAGCCAUCCCCUGCACGACCCGCUUCGCGACCCAAAACACACUCGGGCAAGGAGCAUAAACUCUACAAGAAAAACCUAGUCAUGAAGAAAUUUCGAGCUGCUCUGGUGAAGGUGAAUACCUUUAAGAAGAUGAGUGCCAUGAAAAAAGACGGGAAAAAUACGAACACGACGAAAACUGGUGCAAACAAGCGGAAUCCAUCCCAAGCUUCAUCUGUGAAACUAACAAAACCUAUGAAGAAGAUGAUGAAAAUGAACCAGAUGAAGAAGCGAACCAUCCCAGUGAGGAAGCCCGUUGCAGCGCCAGCCAUGAAAAAGAUGAUGGCCGCCAUGAAGAAGAAGAUAGGUCAUGUGGUGAAGCCGAGGUUUAAGAAGGGAGGGCUCAUCAAGGCCAACUUCGAUUCCAUGUCCGUUCCCUACCUUACCGCAACAAACCAGGGAAAGUUCAAGCAGGGCUUCCAUUUCGUGCAGCUCGCCGAUACCCAGCUGGGCAUGUCGGAAAACCUAGGGCCGAAACAAUUGUCCGUCGCGGAACGACACGAGCUGGAGCUUGAAAUGAUCCGGUCCGCUGUGAAAACCAUCAACCAUUUGAAGCCCGCGUUUGUCGUGCUGUGCGGUGACAUGACGGACGAGUUUCCGGGGGUGGUUUCGCAGAAUCAGGUAGAGGCUGAGAAGAAACAGAAUGGUGACCAGAGCAAAUCUUCUGGGAAAAGAACGAGCACAGGAGGCGGAAAGAACAACUCAUCUUCACCGAAAAAGAACGCAACUACCGGCGAAGAUAGUACUGGUACUGCGGCAGCAACUGCGGCGACAAAACCUGGCAACAAGCGGACGUCCUCUUCCAAGACGAAGAUGGUUCAUUUUCGCAUGCCACUCGCGUCCCCGAAACCCUUUGUCACCGGGUCGAGAAUCGUGACCACGGUAGGAAAUAACAAUACUCUCAAUUCGUCGUCGAAUUCGUCGGCGGGAAAGACAGCUGUGGCCACCAAAGUAGCAAGUGCGGGCAAUAGCUCUUCCUCCUCUUCCUCCACUUUCAAGGGCACAGCGGGACCGUCAUCAUCUUCAAGUGCCGCCUUGAUAUCCUCCGGCGCUUCUUCUCCAAAGAAAACGGACAACAGGCUGAGCUCCACACCGAUGAAACGGAGCAGCACUUCUGCAGUUCUUCUUGAUGAAGUGCCAAAAGACCAAGCGGAAGAUGAGCAGCCACCAAGUGCUAAGAAGCAGCUGUUGAUAAAGUCGCCGGAGGGAAAAAAGUCCGCUAGUGACAAGACCAGUAAACAGCCUGCCGUUCCGCAAUCUCCGUCGAUUCUGAAGGUGCGAGAAAGUAAACAAGAGAUAGACGAGCAAGCGAAACGCUUGGCCGCAGACGCCAAGCGCAGAGCGCAGAUCGCCGAACUGCAGGAGUUGCUGGACGAGAUAGACCCGGAAAUCCCACUGCUUUGCUGCUGCGGCAACCAUGAUGUGGGGAAUCGGCCGAACGGCUUCACUCUCGAAGAAUAUCGGGUUAAUUGGGGUAUAGCAUAUUCACAUACACGAUACUCUUUUCCUUUAAAAGAUGAUUUGUUCGACGUUUUUUGAUGCUGCAAAAGCACCAGACGACUCGAAUUGUAUCAAUGUCUUUCCUUGACCUGCAUGGACAGUGCAUCUAAAUCUAUAGCUACUUUACGACGGGGGCACUGCACAUCGUCAAAAUAUGAAUCAGGUGCGGACUACUUUUCUUUCUGGAUGGGCGGCGUUUAUUGCAUGGUUUUGAAUUCGCAGCUGGUCACGGCGGAGGCGGCGGAAGAGGUUGAAAAAGAGGUUCAGCGACAAGACGAGUGGUUCGAGGGCGAGAUUGAAGAGCGGCUAGAAAAGCCGGCAAAGGCUGUGAUCGCGUUCUCCCACAUAUCGCCCUUCAUCAAAACACCCAAAGAGCCGUCAGCGUACUUUAACUGGAAUAAAAACGUCCGCCUACACACGCUGGAGCGAUUGCACUCUUGCGGCUGCAAGGCCUGGUUUGGAGGACACUACCACCGCAACUCAGUUGGAAAGUACUAAAACUAACUUCUUAUUGAGACGAGCCGAACUCUCAUAUACAUGUUUGAGUUUGACGAUGACAUUGUAUAUACGAUUAUGAGAAUCUGCAGAGUAGACCAAGUCCAAAACAUACCGCUUAUUUGUGAUACUAAAAAACUACACACCCAAAUGACAACCAGCUACAAGGGCAUGCAGGUGGUGACCACGGGCGCGGUCGGGGUGAACAUCGAAACCGAUCCGAAGGGCGAUCCGCUAGGUUUAUCUGGUGUUGGCAAGGGGAUUUUGGACAAGAAAACUAGCGGGCUGCGGAUUGUCAAGGUAACCGACGAAGGGGAAGUGAAGCACCAGUGGAGAACUUUCGAGGAACUGGAUAAAGUGGUUGGCAGUGGGAAGAAGGAAAGCGGUGAGCCAGUGGACGUCGACGACCUGCUUUGCGAGCAAUGCUGAGUUGUAGAUAAGUAGGGAGCAGCAAUACCACUUUUGUGACAUAUGCGAGGACAUAUACUUUUUUCAUUCUAGUACCAUUCUAGCCGUUAUUUGAUAUUCCCAGCGCCAGCCUCCGCUCCCGGUACGAGACAAAAGGCAUGUAUGAUAUCGCGACCUUCCGGAUUGGUUUGCUUGGUUGAUUUUUUUCGCCUGUAACUACCAAGAGAUUUAUGUGGACAUGAUCAUCAGAACGAUGAUACAGUGACAGUGUUAGUUUGUCGUGUGUCCCGAACAUGUACAAUAGUGAUUUGGUAAGUAGCCACAUACAUUAUUCUUCACCAUAACCAUAUGAUCAACAUCCUCAUAACUCCAUUUUUUUUCUAUGCGCAUCGCAAUCGCACGCAGCGAUUUUUUUCACGCAACAUUUGAUGUGGUGGGCAUUACAACCUAAAUGUACACAAGAUUUUUUGGACGUGGACAUGAAAACCCAAAACGCACACUCACCAGCACUUUUCGAUUUUUUUUUUCAGAAAAU